UGCGCCGGAACUACCCAUUACGACAACAGUAUGGCGUCACGACAUGACGUCAGCUCGCGAAACGUGAUAGCAGCUUGCUGCUAUCACCGGUGAAACAGGGCCGGACAUGACGUCAGCUCGCGAAACGUGAUAGCAGCUUGCUGCUAUCACCGGUGAAACAGGGCCAUGAAGCCUAGCUGAACUAGGGCUUUAAGAUUGGUAAUUAUUUUCCAUCCCCGUAUUUCAAUUUCUCGAGAGACCUGCUGCAAUUGGGGUCGGACGGUGGCGCCUGCAUUAAUGCUACACACAUUUCAAGAUGUGGAAGUGCAGAAGGUGCGAGAAACCGGUGUUCUUCGCCGAACGGAAGCAGAGCAUGGGCUACGACUGGCACCCCGAGUGUCUGCGCUGCGACGAGUGCGGCAAGCGGCUCAACCCGGGCCAGCACGCCGAGCACAAGGGCAGCCCGUACUGCCACGUGCCCUGUUACGGCGCGCUGUUCGGGCCGCACCUGUUCGGCCACGGCACGCACGUGGAGGCGCACGUCAGCUUCGGGCGGCGCGACUCUGCGCCGGAGAGUCCGCGGCAGCCGGACCAGGAGCUGCUGGCGCGCCAGCUGAGGGCCUACAACCAGUACCACGAGAGCAGCCGCACCCAGAUACACAGCCGGGAGCGUAACGGGCGUCUCAUACUGGACGGCGUGCUCAAACUGUACUGGGGGGUCAACAAACUACUCCAGUUCAAAGAGGACGACGACCAACGACCCAUCGUCCGAAAACGCCAUUCCCAGUGGAUACAGCCGACGCGCAGUGAGGCGGUGGACUCGGGCUCGGACUCGGAGUCGGGCUCCCGGCCGGCCACGCCAGCGCCGUCGCCGGCGCGCGGCCCGCCGCGCAGCCAGAGCGUCACGCCGCACGCGCUCAGUCAGCUGACGUAUCCGCGAGUGGACACCGACUCGGGACACGGCACGCAGACGCAGACGGAGACGGACGCCGAGACGGGCGCCGAGGUGGAGGUGAACGGCCACCGCGCCGCCGAGGAGGGCGUCGAGAAGGGUCAGCUCGAGUCGGCAGAGGUGGAGAACUCGGACAAGGAGCCGCCGCCGCCGCCGCCCGGCCCGCCGCCGCGGGUCGACUCCUCGCCCACCGACGAGUCGACCACGGAGCCGCCGCUCCGCGCUCCGGCCAAAUCGCGCGUCAUCCGCCGCCGGCCCGGACGGCGCAUGAACAAGGCCAAGGUCAAGCGGCGCUGCUCCAUCAACGGACACUACUACAACCGGGAGACGUCUGUGUUCACGCCGCCGCACGGCUCGGCCCUCUCGGUCUGGGUCACCUCGCUGGUCACCUGCCGGGAGAUGAUCGACAUGGUGCUCGACAAGUACCGCGUCGAGGACCGCGCCGACAACUUCGCCCUCUACAUCGUCUGGGACUCGGGAGAGCGGCGCCGACUGCGCAGCGACGAGUACCCGCUGCUGACGCGGAUAGCCAGCGGACCGUCCGAGGCGGCCGCCCGGCUCUUCGUCAUGGACCGCGAGACCACGGCCGAAAUCAGGAGCGACGUGGCCCAGUAUAUAAACCUGACGGACGUCGAGUGUACGGCCAUUCUACAGAAGUACCGCGAGGAGGAGGAGCGGCACAUCCAGCACAUCAAGGACAAGUUCGCCGAGAUGAGAGAGCGCAUCAAAGCCAGGAUGCGCGAUCUCAAGGUCCAGCUGUGAGCUGUCCGUCAGCAGCUUUGGCGGCGGCAGUGGCGGGGCUGCCGCCGGCGCGGCCUCUGCGCUCUCUGUAAGGAUGGACCGCCGUGGCCGGGGCAGCGGCGGGCCGGCAGGACACGGCCCGCUGCGCCCUGCCAGAAGCCGCGGCCGCCGCCGCCGCCGCUCAGCCACAUUGCACGUGCCAUGUCCUUCUGAGCAGCGUCUCAGCCGACUGGGUGAGUAUUUCCGCUAUGCACACGUGGCUUCCUUUGUUGCGGGCUUCCGUUCAGCGGCAGCCGGCCGGCAGUCGGCGGCGGCUGGCGACUGGUGCGAGUCGACAGGUGCUGUGAGUCGGUGGGUUGAGGCGGCCGGCGGCGGCCCGUCUCAGCUGUAUCUUGCCGGGUGCGCUGGGCUGGGCGGGGACGGGCGCGCCGUGGCGCCGGCAGGCUCGGAGGGGGUGCCGCCGCUGCUCCGUGAAUGUCACACGGGUCUGCGCGGCCACAGACUGACUUAUCCCCGUGGUGCUAUGGAACAGACUGUUCUGAGGGCGAGUACGGCAAUAUCUGCCGCGCUUCAGACGCUGUUCUCCGAACUGUGGGAUCUGAGUGGAGUGUCUGGACGCUGCUAGGCUAGCUAAUACCGGCGGGCGGGGGGAGUCUCCGAACUGUGGGAUCUGAGUGCAGUGUCUCACGCUGCUAGGCUAGCUGAUACCGGCGGGGAGUCUGAGGGGUCUCCGAACUGUGGGAUCUGAGUUCAGUGUCUCACGCUGCCACGGUGAGGUACCGGUACCGGCUGCAGUGGCUGAUGCCGGCUGGUGGGGAGGCGGAGGCGGCCCGGCCGGCCGGCCGGGUCCGUGGUCUCGGUGUAUGCUCUGGUCUCGGUGUCCGUUCUCGGUGUCAGCUCCACCAGGGGCCGCGCUGUGGGCAGCGCAGCGGGCCGGCCGUGCCCGAUAUAGGUGCGUUUACACUUUACCAGUGUGUUGUCGGGUGAGCUGCGCGGCGUCUAUGUAAUCUCCGCGGUUGGCUGGCGGGCGCCUGUUCCGCCCAGCGGCAACCGUGACUCUCCUACCCUGAAUCUGCACAGUGUCUUACAUUGUGACCGUGCCAUGUGAUUGCAGGUUUUUAUUAUCGUAUCAUGUCAACCGUGCCGGCUUUUUAUAACUCUGUUGUGUGAUAUUGCCAUUGUGGUCAGUUUUUCUGCUUGUAUUGGCAGUCGCUGGAUAUAUGGGCAGUCGCUGCACAUUUGUCGGAUUCUGCCGCCGUGACGCUGUCGCUGGGGACCGUGACUCUGGUCCGGGGACCGUGUCUCGGUGGUCCGGGGACCGUGUCUCGGUGGUCCGGUGACCGUGUCUCGGUGGUCCGGGGACCGUGUCUCGGUGGUCCGGUGACCGUGUCUCGGUGGUCCGGGGACCGUGUCUCGGUGGUCCGGGGACUGUGUCUCGGUGGCCCGCGGACCGUGUCUCGGUGGUCCGGGGACCGUGUCUCGGUGGUCCGGGGACUGUGUCUCGGUGGCCCGGGGACCGUGUCUCGGUGGUCCGGGGACCGUGUCUCGGUGGUCCGGGGACUGUGUCUCGGUGGCCCGGUGACUCGGUCUGUGUGCCGGUCCGGUCCGGACCGCUGUGAUCCGGUGACUCGGUCCGCUGUGGCCCGGUGACUCGGUCUGUGUGCCGGUCCGGUCCGGACCGCUGUGGUCCGGUGACUCGGUCCGCUGUGGUCCGGUGACUCGGUCCGCUGUGGUCCGGUGACUCGGUCCGCUGUGGUCCGGUGACUCGGUCCGCUGUGGUCCGGUGACUCGGUCCGCUGUGGUCCGGUGACUCGGUCCGCUGUGGUCCGGUGACUCGGACCGCUGUGAUCGGGUGACUCGGACCGCUGUGGUCCGGUGACUCGGUCCGCUGUGGUCCGGUGACUCGGUCCGCUGUGGUCCGGUGACUCGGUCCGCUGUGGUCCGGUGACGCGGUCCGCUGUGGUCCGGUGACUCGGACCGCUGUGGUCUGGUGACUCGGUCCGCCGUGGUCCGGUGACUCGGUCCGCAGUCGGGUCGGGUCGGGGCCGUAUUGUGGCACAAUGCCGUGAUACACAGACGCGUCUGGCCCGCCGGGCCGCCGGGCCGCCGGGCUGGACGCGCCCGCUGCCCGCCUGCACACCGCUCUGGCCAUAUCUGUGUAUGCGUGAGUGACAUGAUGCCUUUUACGGUCGCGAUACGCAAUUAUCAUCUACUGACAAUUCACCAAGGUCUGCCUGAAUAUAUACUGCGCAAAGAACGUC